AUGGGGAAGGCCGUCGUUCUCGUAAUAUCUGCCGUCGUCCUCGUGGCCUGUGUUGCCACCGUCGGCGUCGUCACCGUUUCCAGCCGCAAUGGCGACGAUUCGUCUCAGCCGCAGGUGGCCGAGCUGUCCACCUCGCGGAAGAACAUCAAGGAGUUCUGCCGGCCCACCGACUACCAGCAGACUUGUGAGACCACGUUGUCGUCUGUCGCCGGCGACAACACCGAGCCCAAGGACCUCGUCAAUCUGGUGUUUAAUGUCACCAUUAACCACAUCAAGCAGGCCUUCGACCACUCCUCCACGCUUCAGGAGGCUGCCAAGGACCCGCGCACCUCCGAGGCCCUCGCGAACUGCCGGGAACUGCUGGACUACGCUAUCGACGACCUCCGUAACUCGGUCGACCAUCUCGACGACUUCUCCAUGGAGAAGAUCGACAAGUUCAUCGACGACCUCAAGGUGUGGAUCAGUGCCACCAUCACGUACCAGGAGACGUGCCUCGACGGGUUCCAGGACGCCGACACUGAUGCCGCGGCAUCCAUGCGCAAGGCGCUUAACAGCUCCGCCGAGCUCACCAGCAACAUUCUCGCCAUCGUCACCAACUUCGGAGAUGUACUAGAGAAGUUCAACUUCGAGGGCUUCAAUCGCAAGCUCCUUGCAGUCGAUGGCGAGUCGUUCCCUUCUUGGGUCUCUGGCGGCAAGCGAAGGCUUCUUCAGUUGAGCCCGGCGGAGCUGAAGCCCGAUUUUACAGUGGCCCAAGAUGGCUCCGGCGACGUCAAGACCAUCGGCGAGGCCUUGAAACUCGCUCCCAAGAACAGCACGACCAACGUGGUUAUCUACAUCAAGGAAGGAGUGUACAAUGAGCUGGUCCAGGUCAACCGGAGCCAUACCAACAUAAUGAUGGUCGGCGAUGGGCCUACCAAGACCAGGAUCACCAGCAAUCUCAACUUCAUCGAUGGCGUCAGCACCUUCAGAACUGCCACCGUUGCUGUGAUUGGAAAUGGAUUCAUCGCCAAGGACCUAUGGAUCGAGAACUCAGCAGGGGCAGCAAAGCACCAGGCCGUGGCUCUGCGAGUGCAGUCCGACAGGUCAGUGUUCUACAACGUGAGGCUCGACGGAUACCAGGACACCUUGUACGUCCACACCUAUCGUCAGUUCUACCGCGAAUGCACCAUCACCGGCACCAUCGAUUUCAUCUUCGGCGAUUCCGCCUCCGUCUUCCAGAACUGCCUCAUCUUGGCCCGGAAGCCUCUGGACAACCAGCAGAACAUCGUGACAGCUCAGGGGCGCAAGGACCGACGAUCCGCCGGCGCAAUCAUCCUCCACAAUUGCACCAUCAGCGCUGACCCAGAAUACUUCCCCUUCCGCAACAAGCUUCCCACCUUUUUGGGACGGCCAUGGAAAGAGUACUCCAGGACCUUCGUGUUGCAGUCGCAGCUGGACGACCUGAUCAACCCCCAGGGCUGGCUGCCGUGGUUCGGUGACUUCGGCCUCAACACUUGCUUCUACACCGAGAUCGACAACCGUGGCCCCGGCGCCGACAAGAGUCAGAGGGUAAAAUGGAAAGGAGUGAAGAACGUCGAUCUCGCCCACGCCCAAAAGUUCACCGUGGAGAAAUUCAUCCAGGGCAGGACCUGGCUUCCUCAGACGGGCGUACCCUUCAUUCCCGGUCUCCUCCCUCCCUCAGGAUCCCCCAAUUAG